AUGUUCGCAAACGGGUCAACUACAGCAACCUUCCAGAAUCACAAUGGUCUUCCGAUCGCAAUCGUUGGCGGCGGACUUGGUGGUGCCGCGCUCGCCAUUGGUCUUCUAAAACAUGGGGUCAAAGUGCACAUCUACGAAGCCUCUCAAGCCUUUGCUGAGAUAGGUGCCGGCGUUGGAUUCGGUGCUAACGCCACGACGGCAUUGCACCUUAUCGAUCCUCGACUGCUGGAAGGCUACAUGAAACACGCCACGAUAAACACAGACCCUGAACGCGAAAACACCUUCAACACGAUAAGAUGGGGCAUGGACGAGCGGCGACCUAAUGGAGCUAAAGCGGGAGAUCUCGGUUUCCACCAGAUGGACGCCAAGAAGACACCAGAUGCGCCGACUGGAUUUUGUAUGCGAGGCCGUAUACACCGGGCGCGUCUGCUCGAUGAGAUGGUCGCGUUGCUUCCCAAGGACAUAACAAGCUUCGGCAAAAGCUUCCAGAGUGUUGAGGAAGUGGGUGCUGGUAUGCUCAAGAUAAGCUUCGCCGACGGAACGACUACUCUAGCCAGUGCACUCAUUGGCUGCGAUGGCAUCAAGAGCAAGGCCGCGAUAAGGGCUAUGGCCCCAGCUGAAGUGGUUAAGGAAGCGCUAGGAGAAGAAAGGGCACUGAACGGUACAUUGUACUGUGGUUAUGGAGGAAGUUGCAUCACCUACCCUGUCGACCAUGGCGAACUCAUCAACAUGGUUGCCAUGCCACACGAUCGAUCCCUCACCAGCACUUGGGACCAGGAUGACUGGAUAGUACCCACGAGUGCGGAUGAGGUCCGUGAAAAGUUUAAAGACUUUUAUCCGCCACUCAUCGAUCUUAUCGCGAGACAUACUCUACCAUCUAAAUGGGCACUACACACUCUUCAACACGAUAAGCCAUACUACAAGGGCCGUGUUUGUCUACUGGGCGAUAGCGCGCACGCCACGACGCCUCACAUGGGAGCCGGAGCUGGCAUGGCUAUGGAAGAUGCAUUUCUCCUCAGUCGCUUGAUAGCUGAUGUCGGAAGUUCUGAUAAUAUUGAGGCUGCCUUCAAGGCCUAUGAUGCUGUCAGACGACCUAGAACACAGGGAUGUAUUCAGAGGAGUAUCGAAAAUGGUCUAGCAUACAACUUCAUGGUAGAAGGGGUAGAAGAUGAUAUGAAUAAGCUUGAGCAGAAGCUCAAUGAGAACUUUCGGUGGCUUUGGUAUGAGGAUUUGGAAGAGCAACUGCGCAGGGCGCAAAAGGUUCUAAAGGAAACAAGCGGACAUGAUGUUAGUCAGCUUUAG